ACAAUACAGUUUAUUUAAGUUCACAUCUUCUGCAUAAUUGCUUAAAAUCAUCGCUUACUUUUUCACUUUUUAAUGUUUCAAGCCAAAGAUUUGUACGGGUAAAGAUGUGCAUUUUAAUGCUGCCCUUUCAUUUACUGUUCCUGGAGAUAAUAAAAUCCUGUCAAAAAUCCAGUGAAGCUGUUUCUAUUUUUCUCUUCUCUAUAAAAUGUGUGACAUGUAACAUUAGGUUAGACUGAAAAAUAUUCCAUUGUCAUCAGUUUUCUGUAGUCAAAGUAGAAUGAAGUGUAACCCUAUUAACAUGAUCACCGAGGAAAAACAGUGAGUAAUACCUAGAAAACUCUGAAAGAACAAGAUCGCCGAUACAAGUGAUGCAGAUGAGAUUUCUCCAAAGGAUGGCUGGCCUCUCCCUCAGAGAUAGGGUGAGGAGUUUGGCCAAGGGAAAGGGGCUAAUCCUCCACAUUGAAAGGAUCCGGUUGAGGUGGUUCGGGCCCACCAAAAGGAGACUCCGGGACAGACCCAGGAAAUGCUGGAGUGACUGUAUCUCUCGGCUGAUCUGUGAACACCUUGGUGUUCCCCUGACAAGACAGAGGAGAUGUAUAGGGAGAGGGAGGUCUGGCCUUCUCUGCUUUGACUGCUGUCCCUGCAACCCGGCGAUAACGAUGCCCAAUUUCUGGUGUCACAUGCAGAUGAUAAGAUCUCAGAGAAAUCAGGCUGGUGUGGUCAGAGUGUGGUCCUACAAGGUACUGCAAAGGGUGUGUUUUUUUUAGGGCGGUACUCUAGCUCAACGACAAGACAAACUAUCAGAUAUCUCAAGAACAUCACCGGUUUUUUAAUCAUAGUGCAAUUCAAAAGAAGACUUUACAGCUGAUGUUUGUGAAAACUGACAAUGGCAAACUUCACAUCCACUUAUGAUGGAGUGACUGAUCAUGCUGCAUACCUUUGUGAUACUAAUGUUCCUGGUAUCACUGGUCCCUUCUUCAUCUUGAUCUUCAUCCUCAGUGUCAUAGGCAACAGUCUCCUCUUAUGUGUUCUUUUCAUCUACGAGAAACUGAAAAAUAUCACGAAUAUUUUCAUCCUGAACCUGGUCUGCUCUGAUUUGAUCUUCACCAUCACACUUCCAUUCUGGGCCGUUGAUCAUCUACACCACUGGGUCUUUGGUGACUUUGUCUGCAAAUUCGUGACUGCUACAUACUUUGUUGGUUUGUACAGCAGUGUCAUUCUGCUGACUGCCAUGACAGUGGAUCGUUUCAUUGCUGUGGUGCUGCACAAGUUAAAGAUCAAUGAUGCUAAAAGGAAAAAGUAUGCAAUUUGUUCCUGUAUAGCUGCCUGGGUCAUCAGCAUCUCAGCAUCCCUGAGUGAUGCUAUGAAAGUAAAGGUUGAAAGCUGGUAUGGUAAAAACUAUUGCUAUUAUGAAUUUGAAGACAAGCUCAGAGACUAUCUCCAAGUGUCACUGCUAUUCUUCCUCCCAUUUGCCAUCAUUAUUUUCUGCUAUUCUGCCAUCCUCAAGACGGUUUUGCAAGGUUUAAACAGAAAGAAGUUCAGGACUGUAGCUGUGCUGUUGUGUAUUGUUGCAGCCUUUUUCAUUUGCUGGGGGCCAUACCAUAUUAUGCUUUUAAUCAACUCUUUGUAUAUACCGAAAGAUUGUAAGGCACAGAAAACGUUUUAUAUCGCUUACGACAUUUGUGAAAAACUUACUUAUUCUCAUUGCUGUGUAAACCCUCUGCUGUGUAUGCUCUCACAGAAGUUGCGAAAGCAUCUGUUGAAUCUUUUGCGGUGUGAAAAUGUGUGCAGGAAGAACAGAGAGACAGACACUGGUCAGACUGUGGCUUUCACUGCACAGAGAUCUGCUGUUCAGUUGGAACUGCAAAACCUUCCAUUAAACAGCCACUCGUUAAAUUAAACGUUAAUUCAGUCUGUAAAUACUUUCAUACAAUACAGUUUGCAUUUAUUAAAUUUCAUAUUUUCAGCAUAAUCGCCUAAAGAUUUGUAAGGGUAAAGAUGUGCAUUUUAAUGCUGUACUUCCAUUUACUGUUUCUGGAGAUAAUAAAAUGCUGUCA